GGGUCGUGGGGGUAGGCUAAUUCGGUGUAAUAUCAAACAUAUAAAGAAAUAAAAGCAAUCUCCGCUAUUGUCGCCGAAUUCAAAUCAACCAUGAGCAACCGUUACAGUUAAUAGGAACCCGGCGAGUCGAUUUUCCAUGACGGAGUAAAAAAAUUCGACCAUCGAGAACCCCCCGGCUCUUCAAACGACCGAAAUGGCCGGAGAGGCGAGCCACAAAAAGAAAGGGAAAAUAUCCAGGCAGGAAUCGAACAGAUCGGCCAAGGAUUCGGACAUCGACGUCGAUCGGCCCAUAGCUGGAGUAAGUUGCCAGGAUAAAACCAGGAGCGGCAUAAGGGUGUACAAAAUCGUGGUGUUAGGGGAUGGAGGCGUCGGAAAAUCAGCUGUUACAUUACAAUUCGUAAGCCACAGUUUCCUAGACUACCACGAUCCCACUAUCGAGGAUUCCUAUCAACAACAAGCAGUCAUCGACGGAGAACCCGCUCUAUUAGAUAUUUUGGAUACAGCAGGACAAGUAGAGUUCACCGCGAUGCGGGACCAAUACAUGCGGUGCGGCGAAGGCUUCCUCAUCUGCUACAGCGUGACCGAUCGGCACAGCUUCCAGGAGGCGCUCGAAUACAAGAAGCUCAUCCAAAAAGUGCGCGCCACCGAGGACACGCCGCUGGUGCUCGUCGGCAACAAGUUCGAUUUGCACAUGCAGCGCAAAGUCAGCACCGAGGAGGGCAAAGGGCUGGCGAGGCAGUUCGGUUGUCCCUUCUACGAGACGUCGGCCUGCCUGAGGACGUACGUCGACGACGCGUUCCACACGCUGGUGCGCGAGAUCCGGAACAAGGAGCGCGAGAAGCUCGGCCUGCCGGUGCACGAUCGCAAGCCGAACAGGCACAGCAAAUGGUGGCGGUUGCGCAGCAUAUUCGCUUUGGUGUUCAAGCGAAGGAGGCAUCAGAAUUACAGCUCGUAAUUUGGGGAGGGCGAUCGACGAUGGUUCGGGAGCGUUUUGCGCAAGAUGCGAUAUAUUGCAGUAGGUCAGUGUUGUUAAGUAAUUAAUUAC